AUGCCAGUAUUCCAUACCAAAACUAUCGAGAGCAUUCUCGAGCCGGUAGCUCAACAGGUUUCCCGUUUAGUCAUCCUUCAUGAAGAAGCUGAAGAUGGUAAUGCUAUGCCAGAUCUUACUCGGCCUGUAGGCCUUGUAUCUCAGGCUGUCGACAAUCUUAUCAGAGUUGGUUAUGACACAUGUAACAACUCCGACGACCGCCUUCUUCAAAAUGAUAUGCCUCCUGCACUUCAAAGAGUGGAACAUAGUUCAAAACUCUUAGAGGAAUCCUGCCACUUGCUGAAGGGAGAUGCAUAUUCCGUUCCAGCACGUAAGAAGUUAAUCGAUGGAGCUCGUGGAAUUUUACAAGGAACUUCUGCUCUUCUCUUGUGUUUUGACGAAUCAGAAGUCCGUAAAAUCAUUCGAGGAUGUCGUAAGGUCUUGGACUACUUGGCUGUCGCCGAAGUGAUUGAGAGCAUGGAAGAUCUCGCUCAAUUUGUCAAGGACAUUUCACCUUGGCUUGCUAGAGUCACUCAAGAUGUCAAUGCAAGACAACAAGAAUUGACUCAUCAAGUUCAUAGAGAAAUCCUUAUCAGAUGCUUGGAUGCCAUCAAAACUCUUUCGCCAAUUCUCAUUUGUGCCAUGAAGAUCUUCAUUCAAAUCAGUAAUGAACCAAGUCAGCGAGGUGUUGCCGAAGCUGCUGAAAACAGAAAUUAUCUUGGACAGCGAAUGACUGACGAAAUGAACGAAAUCAUCCGUGUUUUACAAUUGACAACUUAUGAUGAAGAUGAAUGGGAUGCUGAUAAUGUCACUGUCAUGCGUAAAGCUCUUUCAGCUGCUAAAUCUUUGCUCACAGCUGCUCUUGACUGGUUAGGUGACCCACGUGGAUUAAGAGGAGCUGUAGGAGAGAAGGCUAUCCGAAGAAUAUUGGAUUAUGCUGAUAAGAUUGCCGCUCGCGCUCUUCCUGAAGAUAGUUACACGAUCAGGCGAUCCAUUCAAGAAAUUGCUAGCUUAACUGACACAAUUUGUCAACUACGUGAGCAGGGACGUUAUGACAACGAGGGUAUCGCUCACAGUUGUGCUGAGAAGCUGAAGGCUCUUGUUGGUACUAAGCACAGUAGUGGAAUGUUACCAGAUGCUCUCCUUAAUGCUCAAAAGAAUGGAGGUGCUAAUCCAGCUCACACUGCUGCUGGUCGUCUGGAACAAGCGCUCAGAUGGUUAGACAACCCAGGAGUAAAUGACGGAGGUCUUGGUCUUCAAGCAUUACGUAUGAUGACCGAAGAUGCUAAGAAGCUGGCAGAUCGUUUGAAUCCACAAGACAGAAACCGUUUACUGAACCUAUGCUCCGACAUCGAUCGCUUAGCCAAUCAACUAGCCGAUUUAGAACGUCGUGGUCUUGGAAACUCACCAGAAGCCAAUGCCAUCAGACAACAGCUUAAGGACAAACUUCGUCAAUUAGCUGAAUUCAUGAGAAAGAUUCUUACUGAUCGCGUAGUCGAAGACUUUGCUGAUAUCAGUACUCCAUUGAAGCAGUUCGUUGAGGCCGUUCAUGCCGAUAUGAGUAUGCCAAACCGUGAAGGAAACUUCCACGAUAAGGCUGGACGUCUGAAGGAACACUCAGGCAGCAUGACUACCACAGCAAGAUUAGUUGCAACAUGUGGACCAUGCAAGAGCAAGAGAACUGUAGAAGCCAUUUUGGACACAGCUGAAAAAGUUGAUCAGAUGACACCACAAGUAGUGAACGCUGGUAAAAUACGCCUGCAUAAUCAUUCGGAUGCUGUUGAACAGCACUUCGAAAACCUUCAUAGACAAUAUGGAGAUGCUCUUCAUCGUUUACGAUCUCAUGUUGAUGAUGCCAUUGAUACUGGAGAGUUUGUUAGAGCCAGUGAAACCGCUAUGCGUCGUUAUACUACCAGAUGCGAAGAUGCCAUUCAAAACACCUAUCCCCAAGGAAUGGUUGAUAACACAUCUCAGAUUGCCCGACUGGGUAACCGUGUCUUGAUGUCUGCCAAGAAUGAAGCAGAUAAUUCGGAAGAACCGGCUUUCAUCGACCGUGUCAACAAUGCCGCCUCGCAACUACACUCCGCUAUCCCACCAAUGGUCAACCAGGCUAAGCAAGUUGCUAUGAAUCCACGUGAUUACAUGGCUAGUGAUCAAUGGCGAGGAGCUAAUGAUCAUUUGCUUGAUUCUGUACGCGCUGUUGGAGAUGCUAUAAUGGGUGUUCCAUCUAAUACUGGCCGACAAUCAUCUGUUUCUUAUCAUGACAGUCGUGCUUCUCCAUAUCAACCACCUUCAAGAGAGUCUUCUCAAGUCUUACACAGCGUACAAGCCCAAGCUCCACGAGCUCCAGUCGUUCAUAAUAAGGUCAUAAUUCGUGAGGAGAUUCCUGCUCCACCACGACCACCUCCACCAGUCGAGAUUAGUCCUCCACCAAGACCACCACCACCACCAGAGUAUGAUGAAGAAGAAGAGACAAGAGCCUUCUGGGAGAGAUAUCCUCUUCCACAAGCUUCUCAUCAGCCAAUUCUUUCUGCUGCUCACAAUCUGCACAACGAAUUGAAACAAUGGUCAUCACAAGAAAAUGAUAUCGUUGCUGCCGCUAAGAGAAUGGCCAUUCUUAUGGCUAAACUUUCUCAAUUAGUUCGUGGAGAAGGAGGAACUAAGAAGGAUCUCAUUGAUUGUGCUAAGGCUAUUGCUGAUUCAAGUGAGGAAGUCACAAGACUGGCCGUACAAUUGGCGCGAUUAUGCACAGAUAUUAAGAUGAGAAUGGCUCUUCUUCAAGUUUGUGAAAGAAUCCCAACUAUUGCUACUCAAUUGAAGAUUCUUUCAACUGUCAAGGCAACCAUGCUAGGAUCAUCAACCACGAUUGGACCAUAUGGACAACCAGUUGACGGUAGUGAAGAAGAUGAAGAAGCUAUGCAACAGCUUGUAUUGAAUGCUCAAAACCUUAUGCAAUCCGUAAAAGAUACAGUUCGAGCUGCCGAGGCUGCUUCUAUCAAGAUCAGAACAAACUCUGGACUUCGUCUUCGUUGGAUCAGAAAGCCAAUGUGGUCUAACUUCUAA